AUGGACGGUCCUGCAGCAGAAGCUGGCGGAACCCAGACCCUGUUCACCUCCCCACCACUGUUCCCCCACCCUGUACCCCACCACCCCUGUUCCACCCAGCUCCAGCCCCUGCUCAGAUCCUCACCCAGCCCCCAGCCCAGCCCACCCACCCCAGCUCCACCCCACCAGCCCCACCCCCACCAGCUCCCUGAAAUUCCAGCCCUGUCUCGUCACCCUGUUCCCCCCAGCCCUGUUCCCACCUGUUCCCCACUCCUCUCUGUUCCACCCACCCUGUCACCCUGGUACCCCAGUUCCUGUCUCAGCCCCACCCCAGCCUCCCAGCCUGUUCCCACCUGUUCCCACUCCAGCCUCAGCCCCUGUUCCACCCAGCCCCACUCAGCCCUGUCUCCAGCUCCCUGUUCUCAGCCCCAGCCUCAGCUCCCCAGCUCCACUCCACCCCAGCUCCCACCCCUGAAAUUCCCACUCCCACUUCCACCCCCAGCCCACCCCACUCAGCCUCAGCCUCAGCCUCAGCCCCAGCCUCACCCAAAUGAAUUUCAGCCUCCCAGCCUCAGCCUCCCAGCUCUCCAGCAUCCUCAGCUGUUCUGUUCCACCUGUUUCAGCCCCCAGCCUCAGCCUUACCAGCCCCAGCCCCAGCCCACUCUGUUCCCAGCCCUGAGGCCCCCACCCCCACCAGCCCCACCACCCCACCUGAAUUCCAGCUCCCACCACUCCCCACCCACCCAGUUCCCCACCUGUCUUCAGCCCUGCCCUGCACCCCACCCAGCCCUGUCUGUUCUGUUCCCUGUUCCCACCCCGUCCUGUCUCAGGCCCCAGCCCCACCAGCCCACCCUGCCCAAUUCCCCAUCUGUUCCUGUUCCCAUCUGUUCCACCCCCUGUUCCCACCAGCCCUGUGCCCUGUUCCCACCCUGUUCCCACCCCUGUCUGUUCCUGUUCCCCAGCCCCAGCCCACCACCCACCCCACCUGCCCUCAGGUCUCAGUUCCCACCCACCCCAGUUCCAGGCCCCACCCCACCUCCACCUGUUCACCUGUUCCCAGCCCCUGUUCACCCAAAUCUGACCCCAGUUCACUUUGUUCCACCCCACCACCUGUACUCCCACUCCCAGCCCCACCACCCACCCCCUGUUCCCUGUUCCCCCAGCCUGCACCUCCAGCCUCCCACAUCUCAGCCCCUCCAGCCCAGCCCCCAGUCCACUCCAAACCCACCCCACCACCUCACCUCAGCUCCCACCACCUCACUGUUCCAGCCCCAGCCUCAGCCUCACCACCCCAGCCUCAGCCCCACCUGUUCCACCACUCCUGCCUCCACUCAGCUCCACCACCUGCACCACCCUGUUCCACUCUGUUCCCUGAAAUUCCACCCCACUGCACCAGCUCCUGUUCCCAGCCCCAGCCCAGCCCCACCAGCCCCCUGUUCCCCAGCUGCUGUUCCACUGUUCCCCAGCCUCAGGCCCACUCUGUGCACCCCAGCUCCAGUCUCACUGUACCCCUGUUCCCCAGCUCCAGCCCUGUUCCAGUUCCUGCCCAGCCCCUGCCCCUGUUCCCAGCCCUGUUCACUCAGCCUCCACCCACCCUGUUCCCACCACUCCAGCCCCUUCACCCACCUCCUGAGUUCCCACUCCCCACCCCAGCUCACCAGAUCCCCACUCCAGCUUCCACCUGUUCCUGCCCUGUUCCCCAUCUCCAGCCCCUGUCUCCCAGCCCCCUGCCCCAGCCUCCUGUUCACAGCCCCUGUUCUCCAUCUCCCACCAGGCCCCAGUUCCCCACCUCAGCUGCACUCCCCACCACCUCACUCCCAGCCCCCCACCCUCACCCCCAGCCCCACCAGCCCCAGCCUCAGCCUCUGUUCAGCCUCACCCCAGCCUGUUCCUGCACCCCCCCACCUCACCACCCCUGAAAUGUCAUCCCUCAGCCCCAGCCUCAGCCUCAGCCCUAGCCCCACCUCACUCAGCCCAGCCUCUACCUCAGCUCAGCCUCAGCCCCAGCCCCACUCUGCCCUGUUGACCAGCCUCCAGCCCCCAGCCCCCUGUCUGUUCCUCGUUCCAGCCUGUUCCACCCCUGUUCCAGUCUGUUCCACCCACUCCCACCUGUUCUGUUCAGCCCCCACCUGCCCCCCCACAGUUCCCCCACCCCACCUCCACCCACUGUUCCACCCCUGUUCCCACCAGCCCCAGCCACCCCAGCUCCACCCACCCCAUUCCCACUUCCACCCACCCCAUGUCCCUGUUCUGUUCAGUUCCCAGCCCCCACCAGCCCCACCAGCCCCACCUGUUCCUGUUCCCAGCCUCACUCCUCACUCCCACCCCCUGUUCCACCCCUGUUCCCACCCCCUGUUCCAGCCCCCUGUUCCCACUCCACCACCUGUUCUGUUCCCACCCCACCACCUGUUCAAAACCUCUGUUCCUGUUCACCCCUGUGCCCCACCCCAGCUGUUCCUGUUCUGUUCCUGUUCCACCUCAGCCCCACUGUUCCACCCCACCCUGUUCCUGUUCUGCUCUCACCCACCAGCCCCUGUCUCUGUCUCAGCUCCUGUUCCUCCAGCCCCAGUUCCUGUUCCCCCAGCUCAGCCCCUGUCUCAGCCUCCCCAGCCCCACCCCUCAGCCCCCACCUCAGUUCUGGGCCCACCAGCUCCCAGCCCAGCCUCACUUAGCUCCCAGCCUCAGCCCCCUUUAGCCUCGCCCCACCAGCCCCACCACCCCUUAGCCCUGUAG